UACAACUUCGGUGCUACAUGAGGAGUGGGCAGGUGUGCCGGAAUGAGAGAGUCUGGCACUCCACGGAACGAUGAUUGUUCGCUGGAGAUAAUUGCUCGGCCGACUUACUUCAGUGCCCAAUAGCCAUGCCAACACUUUCAAGUGGGAGAAAUCGUAUCGCAGCAGCGAAAACGACGACGACGAAGACGAAGACGGGGACGACGAGGUGCGACUGUUGUUUACAUCUGCUCACGCCGAGUCGUAAUGGCUUUGCAGUUUAGCGUUGCCGCGCAGCUACGGCACCUUUGUCGCGUCGUCGUCACAUCUAUCUGGCUGUGGGAGUCCACCGUGGAGGGUAUCCGCAUCUGCGGUACAGUCUCUUGGAGGGGUUGGCUGAUCUGGACUCUACUUUAGAGAGCUUCGUGAUCGACAAACCAUGCCAAUGCUCCAACGUUUAUCACGUUUCAGGAUUCGUUCUGAGUUCUGAUAGCGCCAGGCGCCCAUGCGAUUCAUCGCCGGUUUUCUCAGCCCCCCCAUCACCUGCUCCUGUCGAUGACGGACUCGAGGAAAUCUCUCUUCCCAUUGUGUCAUUAUUGCUUGGCACUGCGUAUAGGUCGUGAGCUGAGGGAAAGGUGUGUAGUUUCGAGUGGCAUCGAUUUCUUGUUGUGAAUUGUGCAAUCGUACCUCGGCUCUCCAGCUGGUGGGUUGAUAAAUGAGAGGUAGUAGUGUGAGAGCUUCCGUCAUAGGUCCAUGCGGAGUGUCCUCUUGUGACAAUGCUCGGAUUUCUCUAGUCACAGAGCUGGAAGGAGUGUGAUUUUAAGAGACUUUGUCUGUGGCCAUUGCCAUCCUUUCCUUGUGCAGUGCAUUUUGUGAAGCAUCUAGCAAGGAUCACAUCCCGGCAUAUUGCACGCGUUAGGCUUCCUUCGCCAAUCAUCAUGACAGACUGGGGUGGAUAUUUUCACAGGGGAGAAUCGGACAUUAGUGAUAGCUGAGAAAGCGGAACAAGUGAGUGCCCACCACUUCAGACAUUCCCUCCAUCAGAAGCAACACACUAGUGCCCGUUUGUGUCUCGUCAACUCUGUUUCACUGGCAUCAUUCAAGGAAGCUCUCCAUCUCUUCCUCUCUGCCUUGCUAUCCAUCCAUCCACCUAAAAUAUAUUUGUACUGCUUACAAGCAGAAAAAGUUACAGUAUGCCGUACAUCAGCUAAAGGACUCCUUACACUGUCUUCAUAUUAUAGAUUCAGUAAUUCACCUCAACUACUUCCAAACGAAAAAACGUUCGUGUUGCGACUCUAUUACGCGCAUUUGAAGUUGCCAAUUACAACCGCUUCAUAUUUCAAUUGGCAAAGCGAGAAAUUUGUGGAGAAGUUUCAAUCCGCAUCAGGAAGGAAUGUGGGUAUAAAUUAGGCUGCGUUGACACUGGCGACCAUCAGUCAUCUCGAGCGUUGUCACCAUGGCUGAGUCGCUGAGUCCCUCGAGACACAUUGGUGCAGUGGGGGCACAAGAAUUGCCGCAGCUUGUUGGGGGUUCAAGAGACAGCCUUGCUUCGUCUUCAGGGCAUGGAUUGAGGCUCCAGCGGCGAGUUUCUGUCUCAAGGCCAAGUCUACUACCUUGUCUACGGCGGAAGAGUGGGGUGGAUCACCGGCAUAAACACACUACGAUUACUGCGGUGGGGACAUCAAAGUGGAAAGAUCCAGUGAGUGAUCCAGAGAUUCGUCUGCCGGAGGGGAUUACAUCAAUACCAUCGCUGAUUCCGAGCUGGAGGAAGAAGGAUGAGAACAGGAGCAACAAGCAGAAGGUCGUGGUGCGCAGGUCGCUAAUCAACUGGGCAGCGUUGUUCUGUGAUUUUCUCGAAAAAAUGAUAUAUGAAACCGCGAAGGGAUCGACAUCCAAGCAGGAAUGGAACUACUAUCUGUCGGCCAGCUUUGCUCCUGUGUCAGAGAGGGCACCAACAACAGCCCUUCGCAUCAUCGGUACCAUACCUGAGUGCAUGUUCGGUGAGUUUUUUCGCGUGGGCCCGAACCCAAGAUUCGAGGCUCUUGGUGGAUACCACUGGUUCGACGGUGACGGGAUGAUACAUGGAUUACAUUUGAGUGAAGGCAAGGCCACUUACGUGGUGCGUUAUGUUCGAACAUCUCGACUGCAACAAGAGGAGCGUUACGGAGCACCAAAAUUCUGGAAGGUUGGAGACAUGAAGGGCGUAAAAGGAUAUUUCUGUAUUGCAUUAGAGAACCUGCGGAGGAGCUUGGGUGUCUUGAACGUAUCCAGCGGCUAUGCAGGCACCGGCAACACGUCUCUCGUCUUCCAUAAUAAGAAACUUUUGGCUCUACAUGAACGAGACAAACCUUAUAGAAUCAAGGUGUUGGAGGACGGUGACCUCGUAACAGUGGGUCUCGAAGAUUUCGACAAGAGAUUACAACACUCCUUUGCAGCCCAUCCAAAGAUUGAUCCCGUCACAGGUGAGAUGUUCUUUUUCGGGUACCAUUCCGAGUCUUCAGACUUGAUCUACCGCACUGUAUCCAAAGAAGGCGUGCUCAGAGACCCAGUGCUUAUAAAAUUGCCAACCACCACCAUUACGCAUGACUUCGCAAUUACAGAGAACUAUGCCAUCCUCAUGGACCUCCCUCUUGUCUUAGAUCCUCUGGGCAUGGCGCAAGGAGGAUUCAUCUUCAGAUUUGAUCCCAAUAAAGAAUCACGACUAGGAGUCUUACCACGAUAUGCAACUGACGAUUCACAGAUCCGUUGGUUCACAAUCCCAACAUGUUAUAUCUUGCACACUGUUGCUGCAUGGGAAGAGGAGGAUGAGAUUAUUUUGAUUUGCUGUAGAACGGAUGGUAUCGACCUAAAUCCAGACUUCGGAGUGGAGAGAAAGAACAAGGCCUACGGAGAUUCCUAUGGGUCUCCUACACUGUAUGAGUACAGAAUGAACUUCAAAAACGGUCAUGUCCACCAAAGGCAGCUCUCAAAUCUAUCCAUUGAAUUUCCUACAAUUAAUCCACAUUAUGUAGGAAGGAAAACCCGCUACACUUAUUGUGGUGUAGUUGAUAAUGAAUUGGAUCUAAUGUCAGGUAUAGUGAAGUAUGACCUAUACUUGGAUCCAUCAACAACUGAUACAGCAGUGGAUGACAAAACCAAAGGUAACAAUUGCACAGUGUUUCACUUUGGACCCAAUUGCUAUGCAAGUGACACAAUUUUUGUACCCAACAACAGAGGUAUGGCCAAUGAUGCAGCAGAAGACGAUGGCUUCUUGAUAUCAUUUGUACAAGACUUAAACACAGGGAAGUCUGAAGCUAUCAUCAUUGAUGCAAAGACAAUGGGGCCAACACCAGUGGCAGUUGUAGAAUUGCCUGGACGGAUUCCUAAAGGUUUCCAUGCUUAUUUUGUGACACAGGAGCAGCUUCAACAACAAGCAUAAAUUGGGAAAGUUGUAUAUAUCAUUUUUGUCCCUUUACAAGCACAAACAAAUACAUAAAAAUUAUCACUUCUUUUCUUUUUAUUUACUGUUGUGAUAAAUUCAUUCAAAUGAGGAAUAGUACACCACUUAUUGUUGAAAAAUUUAAGAGCGCAGUAUUUAGUGUUGUUGACAUUUUUAUAAUUUGAUUUAAUAUCGACAUUAUCGAGGAGUGUAGUUUUAGAUUGUACAUCCUCAAAAGUGUAUGGAGGGUUUUGGUAUUUGAACAAAGCAACAUGUGAUUCUAAUUGUUGAUAAAAUAAAAACAAUAUCAUACUUGUUUGAAAAGUA